CCAUGGAUGGAGAAGACCAAACGACAUGGAGCAGCUGUCGUUUUUUAUCGUUGAGAUCCGCUUAUAACUAAUCUCUUCGUCUUCCCAACCAAAUCUAAAUCAUAAUAAUUCACAUAAAAACACUGUGUUUCCCUCCAGCUUGCUUCUCCAAAUAAGAGGGUUGAUUUGAAGUACUAGCUGCUUAGUGAUUCAUCAUAUUAUGAGAAUGAGUGCAAUUGAACAUCUCGUGGAGGAGGAAUCUGUGAUUAAGAAAGCGAGAAUAGUCGGUAACGUGGAAGAGGUUCCAACAAUGCCUGUGUUGGUUUAUGUUGCUGUGGAAGGGACUUGUGUUGUUUCUGCUGCAUCAGGUGAUGGAGAAGAAGAGAAUAAGAAGAAGAUUGAGGAGGAAAAUGCAAACACUGAAAAGCUUCCACCAGCUUUGGAGAUGGAGAAGAACAACGAAGCUUCUGUUGCUGUUGUUGUUACUAGCAGAGAUGUAAUUAUGUCGAAUCCAUCAUCGGUCUCAAGGAGAAAACUUCUCGUUCUUGAUCUGAAUGGGUUGCUUGCAGAUAUAGCUUCUCCUCUUGCAGGUUGUAAAGCUGACAUUAACAUUGGAAGAAGGGCAAUUUUUAAGAGACCCUUUUGUGAAGACUUCUUGAAGUUCUGCUUUGACAAGUUUGAAGUUGGUAUCUGGUCCUCUAGGAAAAAGAACAAUGUUGACAGAAUCACUGACUUCUUGCUCGGUGAUAUGACGAGGAAACUGUUGUUUUGCUGGGACAUGUCUUACUGUGCUACCACGACUCUUGGUUCACUUGAAAAUAGACACAAAUGUGUGGUGUUUAAGGAUCUAAAUAAGCUUUGGGAGAAACACGACCCGAGACUUCCUUGGCAAAGGGGUGCUUACAACGAAACUAACACGGUUUUGCUAGAUGAUUCUCCUUAUAAGGCUUUGCUUAACCCUCCAUAUACAGCGAUAUUCCCACACUCAUACAGCCAUCACAACAAGUCAGACACAUCUUUAGGUACUGAUGGUGAUCUGAGACUUCAUCUGGAGAAGUUAGUAGAAGCUGAAAACGUUCAAGAUUUCAUCAAGAACAACCCUUUUGGGCAAGAAGCUAUUACGGAAGCUAGUGAAACUUGGGAGUUUUAUAGAGAGGCCACUAGUAUGCAUACACAUACACGCAUUUAGAAACCUCAUACGGUAGAUAAGAGAAGGAUUGUUGCAUGAUUAUUUCUAUGUGGUUGAUGUUGUUGUUAUAGUUUUUUUUUUUUGGAUGUUUCACUGUAGAGGCUGGAAACUACAGGUAAUUUGCUUGCUUAAAUCUGGUUUAUAGAUUUUGAUUUUGUUUCUAAAGAUUUCUCACCUAUGAUUUUAGUUUUAUUUUUGCUUCAGUUUGUAACUUAUGAUAUUCAAAGUUUGUUAGACCA